UUGCUGUCUCUCUGACUCUCUGGUUUUCUCUUAUAUCUGCUUUUUUCUUCCUUUUUUAUAACUUGGCUCGAGAUCCAUGUCUAUUGGCAAUGUUCGAAACGGUGUCGACCUCACUCCCAACAGCAGUGGCAAUGGCACUGCUGGCACUGAAAAGAUAAACAUGUAUGCCGGACGUACAGCAGCCACCUGCCUCGACAUCAUCAUCAUCGGCGGCGGAAUCGGCGGACUCGCAGCUGCACUUUGUCUCGCACACGCAGGCCACAACAUCACAAUCUUCGAAGCAGCGCGUAAACUCCGCGAAGUCGGUGCGGGGUUACAAGUCUCUCCUAACGUCACGCGGCUCCUUCACCGCUGGGGUAUGUCUGACCGGUUAAGUGCAUGUGCGUCGGAGCCGGAGGCGUUGGUGUUUAGGCGGUAUAAGGAUGGUGAGGUCGUUGGGCGGACGAAGUGGGGGAAGAAUGUGAGGGAGGAGUUUGGAGCGCCGUAUUAUCAUAUGCACCGUGCGGACUUGCAUCGGAUAUUACUUCAACGAUUGAGGGAGUGUACGAAUGUUACUUUCCGACUUAACUCACGCGUACAGUCUCUUGACCCGCAUCCGGACGCACGAGGGAAAGUUGCAAUCUCGCUUGUUAAUGGGGAUAUUUUCGAGUCGGAUUUGAUUGUGGGUGCGGAUGGGGUGCAUAGCUUGUCGAGGCAGAUUGUGUGUGGACGAGUAGAUUUGGCGCAGAAAACGGGCGAUGCUGCAUAUAGGGCUGUCAUACCUGCAGAAUUCUUGCUGGAAGACGAGGACUUGAGGAGUCUUAUGGAGACGCCGGAGCUUACGACUUGGAUGGGACCGGGGAGACAUAUCAUGGGAUACUGCAUAAGAGCACAAAAAGAAUACAACCUAGUAAUGCUCCAUCCAGACCACGGUGCCGAAGAAUCUUAUACAGCCGAAGGGAACGCAGACCGUAUGCGUGAAGACUUUGCAGACUUCGAGAUUCGUGUCCGAAAACUCCUCAAACUAAUUGACCGAACACUAAUCUGGCGCAUCGACGAACGCCAACCUCUCAAAUCCUGGGUCCACUCAUCAGGUCGCCUCGUCCUCCUCGGCGACGCAUGUCAUCCAAUGUUACCUUACCGCGCUCAAGGAGCAGCAAUGGCUAUCGAAGACGCUGCCGUCCUCGGUAACCUACUCUCUCACCUCGGUCCGCCCAGUAUUGCUACGAGACAUCUUUUAAUGUUGUUGAAGCAGUAUGAGAGGUUGAGGAUGGAGAGAACGAGGAUGACGCAGGAGACGAGUACGUUGAAUAGGUAUAUUUUUCAUUUACCAGAUGGGCCUGAGCAGAGUGCGAGGGAUGCGAGUAUGAGGAGGGCGAUGAAGGCUGAGGAGGUUGAGGAGGCUGCUUCUUCUUCUUCCCAUUUUGAUACUACCAACGCUGCCGAUUCGAAUGAAUCCGCUACUACUGGAUCGGAAACGAAAAGCACGGGAAGUGGAACUCAUCACCACAGAGCACGAAACACGGAGAACGCAAACCAAUGGGCAGACCGAAAAAAGAAUCGAGAACAGUACGGGUACGACGCUGAUUUGGAAGUCGAGCAGUGGUGGACUUCUGAAGGAAAGAUGCGAUUACAGAAGUUGAUACUCAGUCAUGAAGGAGUGAGUACGAGGUCAGAGGAUUCGGCGACGCUCUCUAGUUCGAAUUCCGGUUCACAGAAGAGUGGGAAGAGAGGAUUUUGGAGGAGGUUACCGUUUAUGGGGAUGGGGUCCGGGAAGAAGGUGUUUGAGGAGGUUCGUGCAUAAGUGUAACGGUAGAAGUCCAAAAGUGUAUGUAUUAUAUAUCCACAUAUCCGCAUUAUUUUUGGUUUUUAUUUGAUUCUAAUUAUUUUUAUUGUAUUCUAACCACUUCUACUGAGCUCGUUGGUUUUUUUUUCUGUGCUCGUAUCAUUUACACUUUUGUUCUUGUUUAUUACAACUUGUUAUUCAUUCACAACUUUACACUUUCUCAAUUAUUGGUUGUGUUUUUCCACAAACCAAGAAAGGACCUCCUAAUGCUGAUUACGUAAUACUUUCCGGACAGGCAGAGCUAGUGUACAAGAGUUACCCACUCAGUGGGUACAGUUGAAGAUACCUUAUUACAUCACAUUAUAAUGCAUAAAUUGAAUAUUGCAUAGCUUU